UUUGUUCUUAAUGGCCACAAGCAUGCCUCAGCCUCCGAACAUUUCGUCAUAAUUGCGUUUAAAAUCUAUUUUCGGAUUUUCGGCAGUGUUUACCUUUUAAAUUUUAAUGAAAAGGAAAAAUUGAUUCCAUAUGUGAUUGCUCAUUGCUAUUUAAAAAUGCCUUCUGUUCUGCUGGAUCGAUUACCUCUUCCUAGUUUGCAAACCUACACAACGAUUAGUAUUCUGUGUUUUUCUUGUUCUAUCUACUAUGCAUUAAAAGUAACAUCUGAUCCAGGUUGGACUCUUAAUGUGACAGAUGCCAGUGCAAUUCCAUUCGAGUCAGAACAAGAUGGUGAAAUUGAGCCACUAGAUAGCAUAAGAGUAUUGCUGCAUAAUUUGCUUAUUAAUAAUUUAACCAAAAGACUGUAUGAUGUUGUCCUAGUUUUGAUUGAAGAGCCUCUUUGUGUUUGGUCUCUUAUAAAUAUGGUGUACUGUGUUAUGAUUUUGAUUGGGAAAGGUAUCCAGAAAUUUGUUUUUGGUGAUCUUAGAGUCAUUGAACAACAACAUAUGAAGGACAAAUUUUGGAAUUUUGUCUUCUACAAAUUUAUUUUCAUCUUUGGAGUUCUGAAUGUUCAAUAUAUGGAUGAAGUGAUACUUUGGUGCGGGUGGUUUUCUUUUGUUGGUGCUUUCCACUUGCUCUCUCAGUUGUGUAAAGAUCGAUUUGAAUACCUAUCUUUUUCACCUACCACCCCAAAAUGGACACAUUUGCGUUUAUUUUCCUUAAUUUUCUUCAUUCUUGGUGUAUCAGUUGGCUUGUGCACUAUUGUUGGACUUUAUGCAAGUUUGAACAUCUUUUUCUUCAUGGCUGCUGAGUGGACUCUUGUUAUUUUAAGAACUCUUUAUGUUCUUGUAAGGUAUGUUAUUCAUUUGUAUGACGUAACUCAUGAGGGUAUUUGGGAGAGAAGAGGAAUCUACACUUACUACUCAGAACUCGUAUUUGAAUUGUCAAGUCUUGUUGUUGAUUUCUUGCAUCAUUUGCAUAUGUUGCUAUGGCGAAACAUUUUCCUUUCUGUUGCAAGCCUAGUCAUUUGCAUGCAACUUCGUUGCUUCUUCAAUGAAAUACAAUUGAAAUACAUUAGGCAUAAAAAUUAUUUACGUGUGUCAAGGCAUAUGGAGAGCAAUUAUCCUCUUGCUACUAAAGAAGAAAUAGAAACUAAUAAUGACGAUUGCGCCAUCUGUUGGGAUCGUAUGGAUACUGCAAGAAAAUUACCUUGUGGCCAUAUGUUUCAUUCAUCUUGUUUGCACUCAUGGUUAGAACAAGUUACGAAUUGCCCAACCUGCCGUACACCUCUUGUGCAAAAAGAAAACAGUAAUAACUCAAGGUCAGAUUUAAACAGAAACAUUCUGGGUCAAGAGGAUCAGCAACGUCAAGCAAAUCCAACUACUAAUCAUUUCUUCCACUUUGAUGGUUCUCGUUAUGUAAGUUGGUUUCCAAGUUUUUCUGUUGAAGUUAGUCACACAAGUUUAUUAGGAGAUAGACCACAAAUAAUUCCUAUUCAGACAUCACAGCUUGAUAGUAUGGUACAUCAAGUCCUUCAAUUAUUUCCUCACAUGCCAUAUAAUCUAGUAUUAGAAGAUUUAUUAACAACCAGAUCUGUUGAAUUUACUGUUGAAAAUAUCUUGGAGGAAAGAUUAACAGCUCCAACUACAACAAUGUUCCCUCCCACUCCUCCUGCACAUUCUCCAACUUCUAAUAGGACUUCUCCUUUUAGUAUGCUUUUGAGAAGGAGGAGUAGUAUAAACAGUCAGAUUCUUCAUUCUCUUAAUCUUGGACAGGAAAUGUAUUCACCAUCAACUUCCAGGUCUCCCACAGAGACUGAUAGUGCUGCCAGUUCAACUGCUGUUGCAGAUACUACUUCCCAAGUAGCUGAGGAAGUCUCUUUUUCAGCUAGUGGAGAGGGCUCUCGAUUUUCGAAAAAUUCAUCGGAGCGACAGCAUAUGCUAAGUUGUAGAAAAAAUGAUCUCAUACAAAAAGCUAGAAGCAAAUACAUGAACCGUUUUCCUAUUGAACAUCCUAUUUAUAGGAGAAGACACGAAGAAUCCUCUAGUUCUUCAGAUUAGAAGCCAUACAGAACAAAUAUUCUUUUAAAAAUGUUUUCCUUAAAAUAAGCACUGCUUUGCUGAGAAAAGAAAUUCUCAGUAAACAUAAAUGUAUAUUCAGCAAAAAUUGCUGGAACUUUAAGUAUUUCCUUCAUGUGGAAAGUUGAUAAGAUAUGCUAUUUGUUAAUUAAAAGAGAAAUAUUAAAGUCAAUUUUAUAUGUAAAUGUUAGUGUAGUAUACUCACUAUUUUUAUGGAUUUAGGCAUUAAAGAAAGUAAGACCUUCUUCGUAUGGGGCAAAAUUAGGAAAUUUUGCUAUUAGCCAGUUGUAACAUUUUUAACAGUGGCCACUUUUUAAAGCAUGUGGCCAUUCUAUUGAAAAUUUAAAAUUUUAAACAAUUAAAAAAAAAUUGUUGCAUGUUGUAAUAUUAAUGUUAUGCUUUCUCAAAAUAUGGUAAACAUAACAAGUUUCAAUUCCAAAAUGGAAAAACAAGAGAGAACUAAAAUAAGACUCGGAAUAUUAUAAAAUAUUGAUAAUAUUUCCAUAUUUAUAACAAUAAUAAAAUGGGGUGCAUUUUCAAUGAAUAAGUCGCCAAUUGGUUCAUUUAGUUGCCUCCUGGCUGGUAGCAACCAUUAAUUUUGCCCUAUCCUUCUUGGGAAUAUUUUUUUCAACUAUAGAGAAAGGUAAUUUUAUCACUAGUAUGUUUAUUUUAAUAUUCUAAAUAUUGUAUUUUUAAAAAUUGAAACUGUUUAUAUUCAAUAAAAGUCAAAUAUGUACAGUACCAUGCAUCUCAGUGUGUAAGUCAACCUUUUGUUUUUGAUGAGAAGAUAGAAAAUUUCUGGUAUGUCAGGAAUAUAAAUUGUCCACUGUUGGUAUGUUGAUUAUUUUUCCUAUAAUUGUUAAAUGAAACUAGACACGUGGCAAAAUGUGGUUUCAAAUGUUAUUGUAAAAUAUGUUAAAAAAUGUGGAAAUUCGAAUAUACUUUGGAUGCGGGUAAAAAAAGUUUUUUUUUUUUAAACUUCUGCUGAUGCCGAUGAAGUAGAAUCCAUUAUAAGGUGAUAUCCGCAUGACAAACUGCUGAGGUUAUUGAAUCUGAUUCAAAUGAUGUUUUGGAAUUUUUAAAUUUGUAUGUUAAUGGUAUGUUUUAAAAGUUUUCUAUGUGUUAUAUACUUUGAUAUAUUUUUGAAUUAAUUAACUUAACUUUUCCUAUUUUUAAUUUUUUCUGAAUGUAUUUUGAAGUGUUGUUUCUAAAGAAAACCUUUAUAUGUAAGGCAAAUAUGCUGAAAUGAAAUGCAAAAUUUAAGACACAAUUUGUAAAGGUAAAUUGAUAAAUAGCUAUUCAUAUCUAUAUUAUUGUAUGUAAUGCGAUGAUUAUCAAACUGAAGUUCGGCCGUAAAAUUUUGGAGGUUUAAAAAAUUGACUUAUAUGCUUCUGUAUAUAGUAGUUGAAAUUUUUUUUUUGUUCCAAUGCCCACCUUGGGAAUGAUUGUUCUUCAUACAGGCAUCUGAAGGCCAGAUUUGUAGGCCACUCUUACAUGGACACCAUAUUAGGUGGGCCAACGUUGCUCCCACAUUAGGGACAGAUAGUACAGAAAAGGAAAGAACAUUCAUGCCUUGUCUGGGAUUCAAACCCAAAACCUUUUUGAUGCAAGGCCAGUUGCCUGACCCCUACACAGGCUGGUCAGCAUAUUUUUUGAAAUAUUCUUGAAUUAAUUAUCUUAACUUUUCUUAUUCUCAAUUUUUUUCUGAAUGUAUUUGAAAGUAUUGUUUCUGAAGCCUCUAUGCCACUGUAUAUAGUAUUUAAAAAUAUAAUAUUAGUCAGCAUUUUAUAAAUAAUAUACUUUUAGUAUGCUAAAAAAAAGUUUUCCCAUAAAAAAUCUCAGGAAAUUAAUAUGAAUUUAUGUGAAUAUGUGUGAAAAAUCAAAUGAAGUAGUGUGUUUCAUGAAAUUUGAAUUAUGUAUUAUAUGAAGAUAAAUAAAUUAGGGAAUUUCUUAAAUUUUUUUAAAAAUUAUCACUUUUUACAUAAAUUUUCUUUUUAAAAUCAAAUUGUAAUCAAAAGAAUGAGAUAGUAACUAGUUUAAUAUAAGAUUUACGGUGUAUAUACCAAUAAGCAAAAUUUUAAUAUUUAUGAAUUUGUAGAAUUUUGUAUGUGCUUACAAAAAGAUGUAAGCAAAUGUUGAUAUUAAUUUCGAUUUAAAAUGUUCUUUAAAAAAAUAUCUAAACACUUAAAAUAAAAUUUGGCUUUUAUUGAAUAAUAUAAAUGUGUACUUUCAUAAAUACAAUAUUUAAAAUAUUAAUUCAUAUUUUUUAGUAAAAGAAUAAUUUUCUUGUGGUAAAAAAUAACCAAUUUUUAUCUCUCAAAAGCAGCUUACUUCGCGAAAAUGUCUUACUUCCAAGAGUCUUAUUAUCUUCCUUUGAUGUUAUAAUUGAAUUAAACUGUUACGUAAAUACCAUAACAGGAGAUCCGUUUUCUUCCCAUUGGUGUGUUUGUGUUUUAAGUUAGUUUGGAUUAACAUUAAUCUUUUGUCUUUCAUUUUCAUACAUACUGCACAUAUUUUUAUCAUAUUUGGACUAAUUGAAUUUUAAAAUAAAAUUUAUUCAUCUUA